AUGGUAGGGAAUUUGAAUAGCACAGGAAGUCGCUUAAUUCAGUAUGAAGAUAGCAAUAAUAAAUAUUUUAUUAAAAAGUACUUGGUAGAUACAAGAAAUGAAUAUAUAGAAAAACAAAUGAGAGCAUUAUAUGAAUGUCGAGAAAUAUAUAAAGACGAUAUAGAUGAGGUAAUAAAUAUUUUGACCUAUGCAUUAGAAAAUAAUGAUAGUGUAUUAUUAAGACAUGAAAUAGCUUAUGUUAUAGGUCAAAUAAGUAAUGAAAAGUGUAAUGACAUUUUAAUUAAAUUAUUAAAUGAUAAAGAAGAAAAUUUAAUGGUUCGACAUGAAGCUGCCGAAGGGUUAGCAGCUAUAGGGAGUGAUUCAAAUAUUGAAGUAAUAAAAACAUUUUUAAAUGAUGAAAAAGUGGAAGUUCGUGAGACUUGUGAAUUAGCUCUGAUUUCUUUAUUAGAAAAAAAUAAAUAUACGGCAUGCCCAUGUAGUGAUAAAGGUAUCAUAAAAGAUGUAUUAAAAAAAAAAAGAAAUGAUGAAUUUGUUUCCAAAAAAUUUAAUACCAUAGACCCUAUAGUAUUUUCAUCAGAUGAUAAUACCAAAAGUGUUAAUGAAUUAAUUGAAGAUUUAAAUAAUGAAAACGUUCCUUUAAAAUUAAGGUAUGAAGCUUUAUUUAAAUUAAGAGAUAUGGAAACUGAUUUGUCUUUAAAUGCUUUAGGUGAAGUAUUAGUAAAAGAUAAAAAAUCAGCAAUUUUUAGACAUGAAGUUGCUUUUGUGUUAGGUCAAGCAUUACAUUUAAAUUCGUUAAAAUAUUUAAUUUUCUCUUUGAAAAAUGUUGAGGAACAUGAAAUGGUUAGACAUGAGGUUGCUUUAGCCCUAGGAUCUCUCGGAAGUUUAAAUAUAAAUUCGCAAGAAUAUAAAAAUGUUCAAAACGAAAUUAUAAGCACUUUAAAAACCUAUUCAAAGGAUCACUGUAGGGUUGUAUCUGAGAGCUGCCUCGUUGGGCUGGAUUACAUAGCCGAGAAUCUAAAUAUUGCAAUAGAAAUAAACUGA